AUGUGCGAAGCCCAAGAAAUUAAUGCCGAACACAAAGAUCUCAUUCACGAUGUCGCCUACGAUUAUUACGGGCGAAGAAUGGCCACUUGCUCGAGUGACCACUACGUAAAAGUCUGGGAUCAGAAUUCUGAGGGCAAAUGGAUAUUAACCUCGAGCUGGAAGGCGCACAGCGGCUCCGUCUGGAAAGUCACCUGGGCGCAUCCCGAAUUCGGGCAAGUCCUGGCCACCUCAUCGUUCGACCGAACCGCCGCCGUCUGGGAAGAAAUCGUCGGCGAAUUGCCGGGGCCGGGCGAGCGGGGCACCCGCCACUGGGUGAGAAGAACCAAUCUGGUAGACUCCCGCACCUCCGUUACCGACGUCAAAUUCGGCCCGAAAUCCCAAGGCUUGCAGCUAGCCACUUGCUCGGCGGAGGGAACCAUCCGGAUAUACGAAGCGCCCGACGUGAUGAACCUCAGCCAAUGGACCUUACAGCACGAGAUUCAAUGUAAAUUACCAUGCAGUUGCUUGACUUGGAAUCCCAGUCUUAACAGAUUACAUCCGCAGAUGAUCGCAGUAGGCAGCGACGAUCCGAACCCUACUAACGGUGGUAAAGUAUUCGUAUACGAGUACAACGAGAACUCCAGACGUUGGAUAAAGUUAGAAACUAUCAGUUCGUUGGUAGACCCCGUGCACGAUAUCGCAUUCUCGCCUAAUUUAGGAAGGAGUUACCACGUACUCGCCGUUGGAACCAAAGAUGUUAAAAUAUUAAAUCUAACUCCAGUAGACGACGAACAAAGCGCUCAAAGCGGCGUUACUAAGUUAGACAUCGAAACUAUAGCCCAAUUCGAAGAUCACAAUAGCUUAGUGUGGAGGGUUUGCUGGAAUUUGAACGGAAAUGUUUUGUGUUCGACCGGCGAUGACGGAAGCGUCAGAAUGUUUAAAAUGAAUGCUAUCAAUUCUUGGAAGCCAGUGGCUGUGCUCAAAGGAGAUUCAGCUCAGUUGUCUCACGCGCAAUAUAAUUCGAUUAGUAUAACGAACGGAUCGACGUCGAUACCCUUUUCGCAGACUGCUAGGUACAUCAAGUUGGGUUCUAUAUCGCAAAGUAGAGAAACCCCUUGGCAUUAA